AUGAAACAACAUCUGUUAUGGUUAAUGAGCCUAGGCUCUACGAGCCAUGCUGCCUCCUUUGACCCAUUGGAACAUUUAGGUGCCAAUUCGCCGUGGGCUGCCGGCCCGAAUGUGAACGGAAUAUCCUCCGCUGUACCCGAGGGAUGUUCUGUCGACCAGGCCGUCUAUGUCGUCCGCCACGGCAGCAGAUACCCCGACCCUGGUGCAUAUGAGGAAUGGCAGGCUUUGCACAAAGCGAUCGAAUCUGCUGAUUUCCAUGCAUCUGGACCUUUGAGUUUCCUCUCGGGCUGGAAACCUGUCUUAAGCCACCCAGAGGAACAAAUCGCUCAAGUAUCUAUCACUGGGUAUAAAGAAUUGUACAAUCUAGGCGUUGAUCUGCGGUUCCGAUACCCAACGUUCUACGCAGACAACACCCCGUUUCUGCUCUGGGCCAACAAGUACCAGCGAACAGUCGAUUCUGCGAGACUAUUUGCCCGUGGCUAUCUUGGGCCCAAUUCCACAUUUGCCGACAUUUACGCCAUCGAUUCUAAAGCUGCAGGAGCGGCAGGUAACUCCUUGGCUACCUCUGACCAGUGCCCCAACUUCGAAGAUGCUAGCGGGGGAGACUACGCUACUACUUGGGACUCGAUUUACCUCCCUCCUAUCACGAAGAGACUGAAUAGGUUGAUCCAUGGUAAUCUAACACUCACAGACAGCCAGGUCUCCAUAUUUCCUUAUCUUUGUGGAUUCGAGUCCCAGAUCACUGGGAGCACUAGCCCAUUCUGUGAUAUCUUCACAAAGAAAGAAAUCUUGGAAUAUGAAUAUCGCCAGGAUUUACGAUACUACUAUGGCACUGGUGCCGGUGCUGGCAAGAACAUGACUGUCCAAUACCCGGUUCUUCAGGGCAUUGUAAACCUUCUAAAGGAAGGCCGCAACGCUACCACCGAAUCCAACCGUGGCUCUGAGAAGCUGCCUCCUCUUAUUGUUGCCUUUACUCACGACAACCAGAUCAAUGAGCUUGCGUCUAUUCUCGGUGUCUUUGAUCGCCAGAAGCCGCUAUCUGCAAAGAAAGUUGACAACGACAGGAUUUAUGUCAGUAGCCGCACUUCACCCAUGAGGGGCACGAUUGCAUUCGAACGCCUUAACUGUAAAGUGAACAAGGGAGAUUCAGUGAAUGUGCGCAUUUUGCUCAACAAUGCUGUUUAUCCUAUCCCAUCAUGUCGCUCGGGACCAGGAAGUAGCUGCCCCGUAGACGAGUACGCCAGAUAUGUCGCCAAACAGAAGCGCAAAUAUGGUUCUUAUGCAUCUAUUUGUGGUCUUGGAGACGAGGAGUUGACCAUUGGGGAAGAUGAAUCUGUCACUUUCUUCAAGAACUUGACACUUCCUUUCUUGAGUGUUGUUAAGCCAUGA